GCGCUGACUCGGCAAAUCAUCGCCUCAUCUUCCUCUUCUCGCACCUGCGAAGUCCCCCCGCUUUCUAUCCCCCCGCCUGGCCGCCUCUAAGACAACAGAGACAGCAAUGGCCGUGCGCGCCAUCGAUACGCCGCUCCUCCUGUGCACCAUGGUGGUGGUGCUGACCGGCCUCGUGUCCCCGUCCACCGCCGGGCUCAGCCUGGACACGGUGAGGGACUUCCUGACGCGGGAGGAGGACACCAUUGUGUUCAGCCUCAUCGAGAGGGCCAAGUACCCGCUCAACCGGCCGGCCUACGACCCCCUCCACUCCGCCGCCGGCCGCCGCCUCAACGCCUCUUUCGUCGAGCUCUUCAUCCGCGAGUCCGAGGCCGUUCAGUCCAAGGCCGGAAGGUACCAAAGCCUACAGGAGAUUCCAUUCUUCGCUUACAGAGUUCCUUCCGCUCUGGCGCCUCCAUACAACUUCACAAGCGAUCUGUAUCCCGCUGCCGCGUCAGUCAACGUUAACGACGCCAUAUGGAGCAUGUACUUCGACGAGCUGCUCCCUCGGCUGGCUAAGAAUGGCGAUGAUGGCAACUACGCCGUAGCUGCUGAUGCAGAUCUUGCGUGUCUUCAGGUGCUUUCAAGGAGGAUCAACUACGGCAGGUACGUAGCUGAAGUGAAGUUCAGAGGAGACCAGCAGACCUAUACCAGCUUAAUCCAGGCGAAGGACAGAGACGCUCUGGUGAAGCUACUGACGUCUGAAGCCCAAGAGGACGUGGUGAAGAGAAGGGUAGAGAAGAAGGCGGCCGUGUUCGGGCAAAGCGUAACGUUGGACGGACCAGUCCAAACGGAUGCCAACAGCCAGGCUAACUCUAGCUUAUUCAAAGUCGACCCUUCGGUCGUUUACGAGCUGUAUGGCCAGCGGGUGAUUCCGUUGACGAAACAGGUGGAGGUCGAGUACCUUCUCCAUCGCCUCGACUGAGACUGAUCACUGAUCGAUCGCGUCAAAUGUGUAUAUAUCCGGCUGACGGAUUUGUAUACCCGUAACGUAUUUACAUACAUACAUACGCAAUAAGAAAUAUACAGGACUGUUGUCCUCAGUUUUAUC